GAAAUCCGAGCAGGUGGAUCGAAGUUCUGCCGCUUGAAGGGAAGCUGAGUGAGUUCGUGGAAGCCACCGGCAGGAUGGCGAGCGUGUUGUCACGGCGACUUGGGAAGCGGUCCCUGCUGGGGGCCCGGGUGUCGGUGCCCGGUGCUGCCGGGGAUGGGCAGGGCCUGGCAGAGCUGGCUGGGGUGGUCCCGCCCCACCCCCUCCCCCAGGGCAAGGACUCUGCAGGCCAGGACCCCCCCCUCUUUCCAGGACCCCAGCUGGGGACGCUACUCCCAGGCCAGAAGGUGCUGGUGCCGUUCGAGGGACAGGAGUGGCCGGCGCUGGUGGAGCUGGCCGGCCGGCCGGAGGACGAGGUGACCGUUCUGAUGCUGGAGCAGGGCCUGCGGGUCAGCUGCAAGGGGGACGAGGUGCGUCCGGCGGAGGCCUGGGCCGGACCCCCCCGGGCCCUGCCCCCGGAGCGGGGAGCCCCCAUGUCCACAGCCCUUCGCUCCGUCAGCAGGAACAUUGAUGUUCCCAGGAGCAGGCGAUCGGACGCAGUGGAGAUGGACGAGAUGAUGGCGGCCAUGGUGCUCACCUCUCUGUCCUGCAGUCCCGGGAUGCAGAGUCCCCCCAGCAGCGAGAACCCUGCCCGGGCCGGCUGUGAGCUGUGGAAGGAUGGGGGUGACGUGUCGGACGGCGGCAGCAGCACCAGCAGCGGGCACUGGAGCGUGGGCAGUGGCAUCUCCACCCCGUCUCCCCCUCGCCCCGAGGGCAGCCCCAAGCACCCGGGGUCCCCCCCGACCGACGACGGCGGCUUCGACACAGACCCCAACGCCUUCCUGCUGGAGGAGCCGACCCCACGCAAGAGGAAGAACUCGGUGAAGCUUCUUUACAAGUGCCUGUGGCCCGGCUGUGGCAAGGUCCUACGCUCCAUCGUGGGCAUUAAACGCCACGUCAAGACGCAGCAUUUGGGGGACGGGGCGGACUCUGAUCAACGGAAGCGCGAGGAGGAUUUCUACUACACGGACGUGCAGGUGAAGGAGGAGGUGGUCCCGGCUGCGGCCGAGCCGGCCCCCGGCUCCAGCCUGGGCUCCCCGGGCCUCCUGCUGCCCCCCCCCGCCCAGCCGGAGACCCCGGCCCUGGAGACGCCCCUGUCUUUGGACACGCUGAGCAAGUCAGCGCCCGGCUCCUUCUGGCACAUCCAGGCUGACCACGCCUACCAGGCUCUGCCGUCUGUUCAGAUCCCUGUCUCCCCUCACAUCUUCACCAGCAUCAGCUGGGCAGCGGCCACCUCCUCCAUCCCGGCCCUCUCUCCAGUGCGGAGUCAGACCCUGAGCCCCAGCGACUCCCGGCCCCCGCCCCCGCCCCCUCCGCCGCCUCCGCCGGUCAUGCUGAAGUCCCCCGUGAUCGUGGCCUCCCCGCCACGGGCCCCCAGCAGCACCAGGAAAGCCCGUGGAGAGGCCAAGAAGUGCCGCAAAGUGUACGGCAUCGAGCGCCGGGAGCAGUGGUGCACUGCCUGCCGCUGGAAAAAGGCCUGCCAGCGGUUCCUGGACUGAGCCCCCUGGGCCGACCCCGCACCCCCUACGGCCCCACCGCCACCCCCUCCCCUGCUGCCCC